UCCAGCUGUCCACUCGAGUCCACAUCGACGAGACGAGCUAAUGAUUGGUGACAGCAGCAAACAGGGCAGAUAUCAGCUCGUUGCCCGAGUCCUCCGAGAAAUGAGAACGGCUUCUGAACCUUCCAUCUCUGUGGGACAUUUUAUUCACUCUCAUCUGUUUCAUUUCUAAAAUAAUACUUCACUUGUUUCAUGUUCGUCAGGAUGAGACCAGAGUCUCUUUUCUUGCUGUUUCUUCUCGUCCUCCAGUCUGAAACGUCGAGUCCACUGGAAGCGCAGCCAUCGUCCAUUAUCGGGCUGAACCAGCAGCCUCCCACUCCGCCCCCCACCACACCCGCCCCAACCACCCGCAAAGCACCGGAACCUGAUGAGUUUCUGGGUUCACAAGAGUGUCUGGACAAAAAGUUGACUCGGGAGUCAUGCGGCCUGGUGUUUUGCCCUCCAUGGCAGCGUUGCACUGAUGGACAGUGCACCUGUAAACUCCCCUACCUGUGUCCCUCUGAGGGCAUGAAACCAGUCUGUGGGCUAAACCACAGGAACUAUUAUUCCUACUGCCAGGUAAUGGCAGUCUCCUGUCGAAACAAAAAACCUCUUUUCUCUCACUUUGGAGAAAGCUGCAAAGAAAAUGUUCCAAAGUUCAAAAGUUCAGUGGCUGCAGACUCAGGAAUGAUCCGGAUCUUUCUUCCUAAUGGGACUGGAAGUGGAGAGCACCUACUGGUGUGUCAGGAGCUGUGGGACAUGGCGGCUGCUAAUGUAGCCUGCAGGGAGCAUUCACACCCGUUGGGUGCAGCCUCUAUAGAUGCUGUGGACUACAAUGCCCUGAUGGCCAGCAGUGACAACAAAAAUCUUCCCAGCAGCUGCGUCAGCAUCCACUGCCAAGGCUACGAGACAUCGUUGGCUGAGUGUGAAAUCUACGACAAGGUGAAAACCGCUGGCAGGAAGGUGGCUGCAGCAACCUGUUAUAAGGAAACACCCCAAGAAUGUGAGUUCGCCUGUGCAAACCAGAAAUGCAUCUCCAGGAACCGAACAUGUGACGGAGUCGACGACUGUGGUGACCGGAGCGACGAGAUGUGCUGCAGAAAGUGCAGGGACGGAGCGUUCCGCUGUAAGACGGGGGUUUGUGUGCAUAAAGAAGCCGUUGGAGACAAACAGGUGGACUGUCUGGAUGGAGCAGAUGAAUCAGUAAAACACACCACAGCUUACGCUGAUCGUAUGAUUCUGACACAAACACCUUCAGAUUACCUCUCUCGUAAAAAUGAAACGAGAACCAGCAGAAAACUGCUGGAGACCCAGCUUCACUGUGGGAUCCCCAACAAGGACCUGGUGGACGAUGUGGACAUGGUGGUACGAGAAAGGACCAGGAGGAAGAGGGUGGUGGGAGGAAUCCCAGCAAACCCCACCCAGAUCCAGUGGCAGAUCGCUCUGGAGGAAAACAAGAGGAUCGACUGUGGAGGAGCGUACAUUGGAGACUGCUGGGUCCUCACGGCCGCUCACUGCGUCAGGCAGAACCCAUUGGCGUUCAAAGUGAAGUUCUCUCUCUGGAAGAAGCGUCGAGCUCAAGAAACAACGGACAUCGUUCCUGUGGAAGACAUCCGCAUCCAUCCAAACUACGUCCCCACCACCUACGAGAAUGACAUCGCCCUGAUAAAGCUGCAGAAGCUUCCUUUCUCAGAUAAAUGCUUCUACGACAACCCGGCCAUCAGGGCUGUGUGCAUCCCCUGGUCUACUCAGCUGUUCCAACCCAACCACACCUGCAGCAUCUCCGGGUGGGGGCGGACAGCAGAUGGGAGGUCUGCUGAGGUGCUGCUUUGGGCCAAUGUUUCUCUCAUUGAAGGCUGUGAGUCUUCCUACCAAGACCGUUUUAAGCCGGGCAUGAUGUGCGCAGGGGAUCUGGAGGGCAGCGUGGACUCGUGUCAGGGUGACAGCGGGGGUCCUCUUGUCUGUGAGGAUGAACUUGGAGUGUCCUACCUGUGGGGGAUCGUCAGCUGGGGAGAGAGGUGUGGACAGCCAGGAUUCCCUGGAGUUUAUACGCAGGUCGCUCACUUCUUUGAAUGGAUCCGACUUCACACCGGUUGGCCUGCAGUCACCAGAUAUAACUUCUAAUGAGACCAAAACUCAUCGUCUCACUGUUUAACCUCAAACUGUGGACAU